CGGUCAAGCGCCCAUCGUUGGGAUCCGUCCAAGUUGCGAGAUGACUGUCACAUUCGAAGCCUCACUCACGGACAUGGCCCAUCUGCCAAUCGGAUGACAGAGUGACGACCCCGUUGCUAGCUUUUUCUGUCAAUAUCAAAUCUAAAUUCCUCCAAGUUCCAACCAUGGCCUCUGGCAACUCUUGUCAUUCCACGGACGCAGUUCCGUUACCUUGCGGCUGGUUUAGGUUGCCUGCUGCACCUUGCCCACCCAUGCAGCCACCGCCCACAUUCAUUCCCGACUCGUUGAGCUCGCAUACGAAUAAACAUUCACACCACAUCUCAUACUUCACCCACACACGCACACGCACACGCACACAUGUCAGCCAUGCAGCAGCCCGCGGGGCAACGCAUAGGGCAGACACCACAAUUCACCACCAGGGCAAGUCAGCUCAGACGCUCGUCUCAUCCUGUAUCCCUACUUCGUACGCCUUCACAACCUCCAACGCCGCCGUGCGAAUAUCCCACGUCCCCUGGUGCUCUAGGGUUCCCCUUUUUCGCUCUCUUCCAUUGCCUCCUCGUCUUCCCCCCUCUGCUGCCUGGCCCUGCUCCCCCGAUCCAAGCAAGCAACAUCACACAUGUUGUCGAGCGAGCAGCCUCCCUGCUUGGCCACAUGUCUUCUACCACUCUACUUGUUCUACGCAGCAACUCUGCUCAUCUAUCGAGGCUACACUUCCCAGUGACUCCCAACCGUCGUUCACGACACUAACCGUCCAGUUCGAUCUUUGCACCAAGCUGUGGCUACAGCUAUCUCAAACCAUGACUUCUCAGUCACCCUACCCAAACCAAAUUCAUCGUUUUCGCUACUCGCCCCUUACAGCGUCGCCUGUUGCCAAAGAACGCCCAGCUCUACCUGUUCUACCACCUAAUCCCAGUCUCCCACUCUCCGACGCCACAUGUCUUGCCUAUGAACAAGAAGGACUGCCACCAGACAGCGAUCAAUGCGCUCACUGGAGGGCCCUCGUUUCGUUGCCUUCGGGCCUCUCAGCACCACCUCACCUCUCCUCUGCCUGGCCAUCCUUGCACGUCUUACCGUUCCUGCGUUACCAUGCACACCAACAUCAGCCUGUACCUAGGGAGAGGCCGCGUCUGCAACCUCGUUCUUGUCCUCAGUACACCUCUGACACGGGUCGUUGCUCCGGAGUUCGCCGCCAUCAAAGCCGCCCCACUCUCAUGAUUCUAGCUGUCUGGGUCAUGCGAGAUAUGCAAAGCAACCAACCAUAAUGAACAACAAUAUCAACAUUAACGUUGAUGUUAACACUAUCGCCUGGGGCGUUGGAGUCAGAUGCAAGGCCUACCACCCUCCCUGUUCAACGAUUCGCGAGCCGCAACGACGACAGGAAGAUCGACAACCUUCUU